UCUUUUUACCCAGUGAUGCGGCUUUUACUUCCUCACCUGGAAAAUGAACGUGUUGCAUAUGGAAUCAAAGAACAUACAUUUGCAAAACUUUUAAUUAAAGUAUUAUGUCUUGGGAAAAACAGUCCAGAUGCUUCCAAACUUCUAAAUUUUAAUACCAAAAGAGAAGCUAACAAUGAUUUUGCCAGUGUAGCCUACUAUGUGCUGAAGAACCGUUGUCCCAAAAAUGGUAACCUGAGUAUCUCAGAUGUGAACAAAUGUUUAGAUGAUAUCGCAGUGUCCAAUACUAGCAAGAAACAUGAUGUUGUACAUGAAACAAUGCUUCACCUUUUGCGCAACAUGACUGCCAUUGAACAGAAGUGGUUGAUCCGCAUGGUAAUGAAGGAACUAAAAAUUGGUUUGAGUCAAGCUUCCAUAUUUGGUAUAUUUCACCCUGAUGCUGAAGAGAUGUUUAAUGUGAACAAUAAUCUUGAAAAGGUCUGUUUACAACUAUCAGAUCCUAACGUCAGAUCUCAUGAGAUUGCCAUUUCUUUAUUUACUCCAUUUUCACCAAUGUUAGGAGAAACUGCUCACCCAAACAAGAUUUCUGAAGUAUUGUCUGGGAAGCCCUAUUUGAUUGAGACUAAAUUUGAUGGUGAAAGGAUACAGCUUCACAAACAAAAUGAUGACUAUAGUUACUUCUCUCGAAAUGGACAUAAUUAUUCAAAAACAUUUGGAGCAUCUGCCUUUCAAGGUACCAUUACACAAUACAUUCAUCAGAGCUUUCUUCCUGGUGUCCAUUCCUGCAUCUUAGAUGGAGAAAUGCUUGGAUACAACUCAGACACUGACAAGUUUGGAACCAAAGCCAAUCAUUAUGAUAUCAAAUCAGCUGACAGUGGUGAUUACAACCCUUGUUUCAUAGUCUUUGAUAUUCUAUUGCAUAACGAUAAAGUCUUGACAAAUUUACCAAUCACAGAGCGCCUACCGUACAUACGAGAGACCCUUGCACCCAUCAGUGGUAGAAUACAGAUUAGUCACUAUACACAAGGUGUAUCUAAGGCUGACUGCAUUGAAGCCUUGAACAAGGCAAUCGAUGACCGAGAAGAAGGAAUAAUGAUAAAGGACUGUGAAUCAGUGUAUCGGCCCAAAGCCCGACGAGAGGGAUGGUUCAAGGUGAAACCAGAAUAUGUUGAUGGUUUGAUGGAUCAAUUUGACUUACUGAUUAUUGGUGGCUACAGAGGCACAGGACAUCGGUCAGGACUAAUGUCUCACUUCCUCCUUGCUCUUGCAAAGACACCUAAAGAUGGUGGAAAACCAAAUAUAUUUCAUUCUUUCUGUAAGGUUGGGUCAGGAUAUACAAAAAAUGAAUUAACUGAACUCAAUGAAAAAUUAUACAAACACUGGAAAAAGAGUGAUGAAAACCCACCCAAGUCAAUUGUUUUGCCGCCUGGAUUCAAAGAGAAACCAUCUGUUUGGAUUGAACCUUCUAAAUCAUGUAUUGUGCAGGUAAAGGCAGCAGAAAUUGUAUCAAGUGACAAGUUUCAAACUGGUUGCACCCUCCGUUUCCCUCGAGUAGAGAAGAUUCGUGAUGAUAAAUCUUGGUUUGAAUGUAUGACAACUAGGGACUUGGAAGACCUGAAACAGAAAUCAGGAGGUAAACUGUCCAACAAAUUAUAUGAAAGUAUGGAUGAUACAACACCUGUCAAAAAGAAGAGGACAGUGGCACCCAAGGUAGAGAAAAAAGGAGUGAUGGAGAGAUUCAAACCUUCCGAUACCUCUCAUGUGAAAAUGGUACACAACAUCUUUCAUCAAAAGGACAUCUGUGUAGUGAAUGGUCCAAAGCCUUAUGACAAAGCUAAACUAGAGAAACUUGUAGUGCAGUACGGAGGACAAAUUGUACAGAACCCAGAUUCCCAGACAUACUGUGUGUUGGCUGACAAGAAGACUUACCAAGUGAACCAUUAUAUCAAAAGUAACAUUUACAACAUCAUUAAUGUCAGCUGGUUUUUAAAUUGCAUUGAAAAUAGAAAGCUGCUUCCUUGGACUCCCAAAAAUAUCAUCCAUGCUACAGAGGCCACAAUUGCUAAGAUAAGAGAAGACUUUGAUGAGUAUGGAGACAAUUAUACUGAUCACUCAACAUAUGAGGACUUGAAAGAUGUCUUUUCUAAAAUAAAAUUGACUAAAUAUCUAAGUCCUGAAGAGAUUACAGAAAUAGAAGAUGAAUAUUUCCCAAUGGAGUCUCCAUAUGGAUUGUUCAGGUUGUGCAAAGUAUAUGUGGACAACAAAUUGGACCCUAAUGAUGACAAUUACCUUCAGCAUUCUCCGUUAACAUUGUUGGCUUUGGAAAUGAGGUAUUUCGGAGCCACAGUUCUGCCAGUAUUGGACAAUUCAGUAUCCCACUUGAUAAUGGACAAAAAUCACCUAGAGAGGUUGGAUAUGUUCAAAUAUAAACGGUGCCAAUCAGAAAAGAAGUUCCACAUCCUUAAUUCAGAAUGGGUCAAAGAAUGUAUAAGAGAAGGUUGUUUAUGUCCAGAACAGUUGUUUUUGCUGUAAACUUCAGUACAAUGUUUUUUCCUCAGUACAUUUAGCUGUAAAUAGGUCCAACAGAGUGUGUGUACAGCUCAAUUCAACCAACUUGAGAGUCUGAUUGAGACAAAUUUCAAAAGGAGUUGCCUUUCACACAAAAAUAUUUUAAUUGAUUAAAAAUUGAAGUUUAUUUAUAUUUUAUUACAAAAUAAUUAAUAAAAAAAAAUGUGCAACUCCUGA